AUGGUGGUUUCUAAACUUGUAAAGAGAAGAAUGGACGCUCCACCAGGCUUUCCUCCUCUGUUUCCAAAAUUAUCAAGGCAGGAUCAACAUAUGGCUCUCCUAUAUUCCUCUCAUGCUGAUGAAACGGAAAGGAGAGCUAGAAUUCACCGGGUCCAACAAUCUAUUACCGAGACUGUAGCUGAUUCCUCUACAAUUCUCACAAAGAUUACUCACCAGAUGGACAAAGGCAAAGGUCACGUUCUCCAGUAUCUAGAAGACAACACACUUUUUAAAAGAAAAUGCCUUGUUGGAGACGCUCUUAUAGUUUCUAAGCCUGGUAAAGAUGUUUCCCCUGCUUUUGAUGAGGAGGUUUCCUAUACGCAGAGUAUGUCCUCUAAAACGCCUUUUGAAUCGACAGGUUUCAAUUUGGAAUCUUUUAACAAAAUACCAACUUCCAUAAUUCUUAAGGCUCGAAAAAGUGUCAAACGUAGACCCCGUCAUGGAAACAAAAAAUCAGAGCCGGUGCUGAUAAUGUCCCCAAACAAGAUCUUCAAUCCGGAGUGA